CGGUCUCUCGAAGAAGCAAAAAUGGGGAAGUCUUCCAAAGACAAAAGAGAUGCGUAUUACCGGCUCGCCAAGGAGGAGGGGUGGCGUGCCCGAUCUGCUUACAAACUCCUGCAAAUAGACGAAGAGUUCAACCUUUUUGAAGGAGUCACUCGCGUUGUGGAUCUUUGUGCUGCGCCAGGGAGCUGGAGUCAAGUGCUAUCGCGAGUUUUGAUCAAGGGCGAGAAAUUCGGGCGCACAGGUUUGCAAGAAAAGCAAGAGGCGACGCGGAGAUAUGCACUGGGUCUGGAUAAGAAAGAGUUGGUUAGAGAGGAAACCAAGGCACUGGCAGUGAAGGAGCCGCUGAAACCGAGGGAGGGUGUCAGGAUCGUCGCAAUUGACUUGCAGCCCAUGAGCCCGCUGGAGGGUGUGACAACAUUACGAGCUGAUAUCACACAUCCAUCGACCAUUCCGCUUAUGCUCAAGGCAUUGGAUCCAGAUACUUAUGACUCGACAACUACGACUGCUUCGUCACCUGUAGAUCUAGUCAUCUCAGAUGGCGCUCCAGAUGUUACUGGCCUGCAUGAUCUCGACAUCUACGUCCAAAGCCAGCUACUCUGGGCCGCACUCAACCUCGCUCUCUGCGUCCUCAAACCAGGCGGAAAAUUCGUCGCUAAGAUUUUCCGAGGAAAAGACGUCGACUUACUCUAUGCCCAGCUCAAAAUAGUCUUCGAGAGGGUGCGCGUUGCCAAACCGCGGAGUAGUCGCGCCAGCAGCAUCGAAGCGUUCGUCGUGUGCGAGGGUUUCUGUCCACCAAAGGGUUUCAAAGCAAGUCUCGACAAACCGCUAGGCGCAGGCACACAGAUACCAAUUCCUGAGGAUGAACCGUCGCCGGAGAAGAAAGUCACUCGGACGGUGAGGGAAGAUGGCGCGAUUGUGCUGGAUUUUGGGCCGGAAAGCGAAGAUGAAGAUGAUGUUGAAGAAGGGGGGAGACGAUGGAUACCACCAUUCCUGGCGUGCGGUGACCUCUCAGCAUAUGAUGCAGAUGCCACAUAUCACUUGCCCAACGACAGGGUCAGUCUAGACCCGGUACAGCCACCAACCGCACCACCUUACAAGCGUGCGCUGGAGAUGCGAAAGACAGCCGGUGGAGCGUAUGGAAAGACCAAGACCCAGAGAUGAGAAGAUAGCUGGCAAUCCACAUGAGUAUUUCAGACGUCAUGGUAUCUUGUUCAUGACUUGUUUCCUCACAAAGUUUUGCGACUUUCCAAAGUUUCUCAUUUCUCUUCUACCGUCAAUUCCCUCUCACAUAAUUCAAUUUCUCCAUCCACUAACAUCUUCUAACCAC